GACAUUUCCGGUAGUGUAGUCCUUUCACAGCAUCAAAGAUGGCGGCCACCCUUGUUUCGUACUGGAGCGAUUCAGAUUCAGAUAAUGACACCAAAUCUCAUGUUAUUCCCGAAAAGGUUGAACCCGAUCCUCUGGCACAUCUUCAACCGUUGAAAUCUGGCAAAACAAUGUCACUGGCUGUCCUCAAUUCAGCUCCCGAGGUCGCCGUAAAGGAGGCUGUGGAGACUGGCGUACAUCUGGACCCCUCUCUCAAAGAGGUCACCUACAACCCCACAUAUGAAACCAUGUUUGCACCAGAGUUGGGUCCUGUCAACCCAUAUAAAAGUCAACAGAUGGCUGCACCCAGGAAUAUGCUGUCUGGCUAUGCAGAGCCUGCUCACGUCAACAACUUUAUGUUUGAACAGCAGAGGAGGACCUUCUCCACCUUUGGCUAUGCUCUGGAUCCGUCUGUGGAUACAAGCCAAAACUCCUCCAAUAGCUACAUCGGUGCAGUGGACGAGGCAGAGAAAAAGAAAGGAUUGACUGUGUUUGAGGUUGGCCCAAAGAAGACUGACAAGAGGAAAAAGGUGCAAGGAGGUGAAGCGAAUGACAUUGACAAUUACCUCGGGCCCUGGGCGAAAUACGUGGAUGAAAAGGACGGCGCCAAACCAUCAGAGGAGGAACAGAAGGAGCUGGACGAGAUCACAGCCAAGAGGCAGAAGAAGGGAAGGAACGAGGAAGAGGCUCCGGCGGAGGAGAAGACCAUUCUCCACGUCAAAGAUGCGUACGACUACCAAGGGAGGUCAUACCUCCACGUACCCCAAGACGUGGGCAUCAACCUGCGUACUGCAGACAUCCCAGACAAGUGUUACCUGCCCAAGAAACAGAUCCACGUCUGGUCUGGACACACCAAGGGGGUCAGUGCUAUCCGUCUGUUUCCUGUGUCAGGUCACCUGCUGCUCUCCUGCUCUAUGGACUGCAAGGUCAAGUUGUGGGAGGUGUAUAACGAGAGGAGGUGCAUACGGACAUUUAUCGGCCACAGUAAAGCAGUGCGGGAUAUUUGCUUCAACAACACUGGGUCUCAGUACAUGAGUGCAGCCUACGACCGCUACCUCAAACUCUGGGACACCGAGACGGGCCAGUGCAUCUCCCGCUUCACCAACAGAAAGGUGCCAUACUGCGUCAAGUUCAACCCAGACGAGGACAAGCAGAAUCUGUUUGUGGCUGGCAUGUCAGAUAAGAAGAUUGUUCAGUGGGACGCGAGGACAGGAGAGGUGGUUCAGGAGUAUGACCGUCACCUGGGAGCGGUCAACACCAUCACAUUUGUGGAUGAGAACCGCCGUUUCGUCAGCACGUCUGACGACAAGUCCCUCCGCGUGUGGGAGUGGGACAUUCCUGUGGACUUCAAGUACAUCGCAGAGCCCAGUAUGCACUCAAUGCCUGCUGUAACACUCUCGCCCAAUGGUAAGUGGCUGGCCUGCCAGUCCAUGGACAACCAAAUCCUGAUCUUUGGAGCCCAGAACCGUUUCCGUCUGAACAAGAAGAAGAUCUUCAAGGGCCACAUGGUGGCUGGCUAUGCCUGCCAGGUGGACUUCUCCCCAGACAUGAGCUAUGUGGUGUCUGGCGAUGCGGAUGGGAAGCUGAAUAUCUGGGACUGGAAGACCACCAAGCUGUAUCACCGGAUCAAGGCCCACGACAAGGUGUGCAUCAGCGCCCUGUGGCAUCCGCAUGAGACCUCCAAGGUCAUCACCUGUGGCUGGGACGGACAGAUCAAACUCUGGGACUAGAAACAUGGGGGUGGGGGGUGCAGAGAGACUCCCUCUCUUUAGGGGGAGAUGUGGUGGUCUUUCUGUCAUGUAUUUUCCAUAAUUUAAUGGCAGCCAUAGGGCUGGUAUCCAGUCCUAUGUUAACUCCGUGUAUAUUUCUACCCCAUCUGAAGAGGGGACACCGGUGGAUUGAACUUUGAACUGGUGAUGUUGAUAAAGAGCUGUAUACAUUUGAAGUUGGAAGUUUACAUAGACUUAGGUUGGAGUCAUUAAAACUUGUUUUUCAACCACUCCACAAAUUUCUUGUUAACAAACUAUAGUUUUGGCUAGUCAGUUAAGACAUCUACUUUGUGCAUGACACAAGUCAUUUUUCCAACAAUUGUUUACAGGCAGAUUAUUUCACUUAUAAUUCACUGUAUCACAAUUCCAGUGGGUCAGAAGUUUAAAAGCACAGUCAACUUAGUGUAUGUAAACAGCUUGAAAAAUUCCAGAAAGUGUCAUGGCUUUAGAAGCUUCUGAUAGGCUAAUUGACAUCAUUUGAGUCAAUUGGAGGUGCACCUGUGGAUGUAUUUUAUGGCCUACCUUCAAACUCAGUGCCUUUGCUUGCCAUCAUGGGAAAAUCAAAAGAAAUCAACCAAGACCUCAAAAUAAAAAUUGUAGACCUCCACAAGUCUGGUUCAUCCUUGGGAGCAAUUUCCAAACGCCUGAAGGUACCACGUUCAUCUGUACAAACAAUAGUACGCAAGUAUAACACCAUGGGACCACGCAGCUGUCAUACAGCUCAGGAAGGAGACUCGUUCUGUCUCCUAGAGAUGAACGUACUUUGGUGCGAAAAGUGCAAAUCAAUCCCAGAACAGCAGCAAAGGCCCUUGUGAAGAUGCAGGAGGAAUCGGGUACAAAAGUAUCUAUAUCGACAUAACCUGAAAGGUCACUCAGCAAGGACGAAGCCACUGCUCCAAAACCGCCAUAAAAAAAGCCAGACUACGGUUUGCAACUGCACAUGGGGACAAAGAUUGUACUUUUUGGAGAAAUCCAAAAUUGAACUGUUUGGCCAUAAUGAUGUUUGUGGAGGAUAAGGGGGGAGGCUUGCAAGCCGAAGAACACCAUCCCAACAGUGAAGCACGGGCGUGGCAGCAUCAUGUUGUGGGGGUGCUUUGCUGCAGGAGGGACUGGUGCCCUUCCCAAAAUAGAUGGCCUCAUGAGGGAGGAAAAUCAUGUGGACAUAUUGAAGCAACAUCUCAAGACAUCAGUCAGGAAGGUAAAACUUGGUCGCAAAUCGGUCUUCGAAAUGGACAAUGACCCCAAGCAUACUUCCAAAGUUGUGGCAAAAUGGCUUAAGGACAACAAAGGUAUUGGAGUGGCCAUCACAAAGCCCUGACCUCAAUCCUAUCGAACAUUUGUGAGCAAAACUGAAAAAGUGUGUGCGAGCAAAGAGGUCCACAAACCUGAUUUAGUUACACCAGCUCUGUCAGGAGGAAUGGGCCAAAAUUCACCCAACUUAUUGUGGGAAGCUUGUGGAAGGCUACCCAAAAUGUUUGACCCAAGUUAAAGAAUUAAGGCAAUGCUAGCAAAUACUGAGUGCAUGUACAUUUCUGACCCACUUUGAAUGUGAUGAAAAAUAAAAGCUGAAAUAAAUAAUUCUCUACUAUUAUUCUGACAUUUCACAUUCUUAAAAUAAUGUGGUGAUCCUAACUGACCUAAAACAGGGAAUUUUUACUAAGAUUAAAUAUCAGGAAUUGUGAAACUGAGUUUAAAUGUACGUUAACUUCUACUGUGCAUACAGAGAUACUGAUUCACACAUACUCACCCACAGUGUAUUAGUUGUAUUUGGAGGGUUUACAUCCUUUUUUAGUUGAAUCAGUAUCAUCCACACAAUCCUGGAAAAUAUAUUUUUCGUUAUUUAAAAAAAUGUAUUCUCAAUGUAUGGCUAUCUCUUUUUGAAAUGAGAUGAACAUUUUGCCUGUCAAGAAAUCACUUGUUCAUGGUCAAGUUGUUUUCAUACUUCUGUCAUUUGGCUUUGAAGGUCAGAUUUUCCAUAAAGUUUAUUAGGAUUCUCUCUCUUAUAGUAACAGUUCCAUUCUCACCAUUAAAUCCACACAAACCCCUCCCCGAAAAGACAAGUGUAGCCAAGUUGCGAUUUCCUCGUGUCUUUAUAACCACAUCAAAA